GGCAAAGAUCGGCUUCCUCUGUGUGCCCAUGGAUGCUCGCCUGCCGCUCAUGUUCCUGCGCACCACUCAGGCAGACCGCCUUCGUGCGACCCGCUUUGUUGUGCGGCUGGCAGCCUGGGACCGCUACUCACGCCACCCGGACGUCUACCUGGUGAGGACGUUGGGGCCAAUGGGAGCCCUCCACGUGGAGCAGGCAGUGCUGCUGGACGACAUGGGGCUCGCCUUCCCGCCCUUUGGUGACGGCGCUCUGCAGGAGAUCCCCCAAUCAGCGCGACGGGCGGCAGCAGAGGGUGGGGAGGGGGAGUGGCGGGUGCCUGAGGAGGAGAUUGCCCGGCGCAGGGACCUGCGUGAUGGGGCGCACUUCAUGUGCAGGUCCACUCUUGGAAGGCAUGCAGGGGCAGACGUGGCGUCCUUUGUGCGGCCGGGCCGACUUGUUGUGACUCAGCUCACAAGUCACCUCCACUCCCAUCCCAUGACCUGCCCACACCAACACCCGCAGGUGGGGGUUCACAUAGCGGACGUGGCGUUCUUCGUGCGGCCGGGCAGUCUGUUGGAUGCAGAGGCGAGGGCGCGGGGCACAUCUGUGUAUCUCGCCAACCAGCGCAGCAACAUGCUGCCAGAGGCGCUCAGCGAGGGUCUCUGUUCCCUAUUAGGCGGGCGCACGCGCCUGGCAGUGAGUGUCAUCUGGACGCUCGACCCCUCCCACCGCUUCGCACUCGUGGGGCCGCCCUGGUUCGGCCGAACCGUCAUCCGAUCCAACCACCAGCUCUCGUACGCGCAGGCACAAGCCAUAGCAGACGGAGUGCAUCCGUUGCCAGUGGAACACCAACUGCCGGGCGGGCCGAGGGAGGAGGCGCGGGCCAAGACGUGCAUCGCCACUCUCACGGCUUUUGCUCGGGAGCUGCGGCGGCAGAGGCAGAGGGCGGGAGCAUUGGAGCUGGCGAGUGCGGAGCUGCGGUUUGAGUUUGAUGAAAGCCGAGGGACGCCCAAACGGGUGUUCUGCAAGCAGGAGAUCCCGAUGAACGCAGUAGUGGCAGAGCUCAUGGUGCUGGCCAAUGCUGCUGUCGCCCGCAAGCUCACAAGAACCUUCCCAUCAACCGCCUUUCUGCGCCGCCAUGCUCCUCCUCGCCCAAACGGCUUCCGCCAUCUCAUGCAUUGCUGUGCGGUGCGAGGCAUCGCGCUUGAAACGUCCACAAACAAGACUCUAGCAGCAUCGCUGGCAGCAGUGAAGCACCUGGGAGACCCCGUCCUGGAUUAUGGGCUCAAGGCACUCAGCACGCGUGCACUCUCAGAG